CUAAGAAAUGCCACAAGAAUACCGGUUUAAGUAAUUGAGAAUAAUACUGCUAGUUUUGGCGAUUGCCGACUCUCUGCAAAUACAUUAUACGUAUAUCGAUAUUAAAGGUCACAAUAUGCCAGAAGUGGCGGCUAAUGAUAGGUGUAUCGAUAUAUCAGCAGCUGUAACAAGUGGCCAGAAUUUGUUUAUAUUCUGAGCUGAGACUACUUUGUUAAGUAGUAUUAAAAUGGAACAUCGCAAAAACAAUCCAGGUGCCGUGCAAUAUGGAAACUUUAUGAAUUAUUAUCAAUUCAAUUCAGCUAGUGAGCGAGUUAAAUUGUUGCCCGGUAAAAAUAUUUGGCUGCCACCAAAGCAGGAGCAACAAAGCAUGGAGCCAAAUGAAAUCAACCCGUAUUUGGUGCUAGAUGUUGGCUGCAAUUGCGGCGUCUUUACGCAGCUGCUACAGAGCUUUCUGGAAGCGCAACUGAAACGGCCUGUCCAUGUGCUAGGCGUCGACAUAGACGAACGGCUCAUCCAGCGUGCUCAGCUGGAAAACACGUGCGUCGAAAAGAUAAGUUAUUUUUGCGGCGAUGUACUGGAUGCGGCUAGCUUUGAUGGAAUCAUUGCGAAGUAUUUGCAGCAACAGCAACGCACAAAAUUUGAUGCAAUUUGCUGCUACUCAAUAACCAUGUGGAUCCAUCUCAAUCACCACGACAGCGGCUUGCAGAGCUUUUUGAGCAAACUGUCGCAGCUGGCGGAGCUGUUCGUGGUGGAGCCACAGCCUUGGAAAUGCUAUCAGACUGCGGAGCGGCGCUUAAAGAAAGCGGGUGAAGUUUUUCCCUUGUUUCUAGAGCUGAAAUGGCGUUCAGACGUGGAGCUGCAGAUACAGAAGUAUAUGGAGCGUGAUCUGGGCAGGCAAAGCAUAUUCGAAUCCAUACCCACCAAAUGGCAACGUAAAAUUUGUUUCUAUCGAUGAAGCUCCAUGGAUGAUCUAAGCGAGAAAACUGACUAAAUCAGCUUUGGCGCAGCUGUUAACAGUGGCAAUAACAUUGAUGUAAUGCAAAUGUAAUUUUCAGCUCCUCCAGUUAAUGUAAGUUUGCAGUAUCUGGAAAGGAAGGGAAGAAACUCUCAACAGUGGUAACAUUUCGGUAAUUAAUAUUAUAAGUAAAUGUGUUUGUUAACCAAAACUGUGAUAAAAUAUAAAUAGUUAUAU